GAUCAACCUGAUUUCAGCAUACAGGCAGAAUUUCAAACUCUGUAAACCUGCCCUGAGGACAUCUAAGAUGUGGACCAGUGAAGCUGUGGAGAGCUUAACGGCAUGUUUGGACUGCACUGACUGGGACACUUUCAAGGCGGCUUCUGUGAGGACUGCUGUAUUCCAACACACCAAGUCUUGAGGAUGCGGAGCAGACGGUCUGACCUCUCAAGUCACUGAGCUGUGCGCCUCGGAUAUUUUAUGAUAAAAUAUGACGAUCAUCUGACUUGAAAAGCAGCUUUCUCGUUUGAAACCCGAAUAAGACUAAGAAGAGGCUAAAUAAAAGUGGGGAUGAACAGAGACGCAAAGACAACGCUCCGAAGCCUGAAGCAACCCAGAGCGCAUCAGAAGGUUUUGGUCCAGAAGAAGAGGAAGGACGUGUCCGUUAAAGAUGGACAAAGUGUCUCCUGCUCGAAUGACUCGCAGUCAGGUCAGCGUGAAUGUGUGAAGGGUGUGAAAACAGGCGGACCGCAGAGUAAGCGAGCAGGGAAAGUAUCCUCAAGUGUCAGCACGGAGUUUCAGAGCAGCCCGGGCGCGCAGAGGAAACUGUCCGACGCCAGCAACGCUUCAGAGGACCUGAGCAAAGACUCCGGAUGCCCGUCGGGAAAACUCUCCAACUCCGACAGCAGCUCAGAAAUUUCAGACUGCCCCUCAGAGGGCAACAAGCAGGACUCCACCACCAGCGACAAUGACUUAAGCUGGAUAGACGGCAGAGCUUACGUGAGCCCGGACGGCGACGGAAAACCGUGCGCAAAAGAACCGAGAGAUACCUGCGCGCUGCAGCCGGAUGCUGCCGGAGGUGGCCUCGGUUCGUUAAACUCCUCGGGGGCGUUUAUGGAUCUCAUAAUGGAGGCGACCACGGAGGACCUUGUCAGGGAAGUCGAAGACCUGAGAUCAGAGAACGAGUAUUUGAAAGAUGAGGUGGAGGAGCUUCGCUGUGAGAUGCUGGAAAUGCGCGACAUGUUCCAGGAGGAGGAGGUGUACCAGCUCCAGGAGCUGCGGCUACAGCUGGAGCAGGCCAACAAGACGUGCCGCAUCCUGCAUUACCGCCUCCGUAAGGCCGAGCGCCGCAGCAUCCGAGUGGCUCAGACCGGGCAGGUGGACGGGGAGCUGGUCAGGAGCUUGGAGCAUGACAUCAAGGUUGCAAAGAGUGUGUCACUGCGUCUUUACAGCGAACUGGAGGCGGUGCAGAAGAAGAAUUCCCAGUUGGAGUGGGACAACGAGGCGCUGCGUGAAAGGACGCAGGAACUGGAAGUGGCCAAGCAGGUCUUACAGACUGAGCUGGAGAAAGCCAAAGAGAGCACUUUGAAGAAGAAAAGCUUCAGAUCAGCCGUCAGUAAGGCGGAGAAGAGGCUCUCUCAACAGAUAGAGGAUGACAGCGCCGAUCUCAAGUGCCAGCUCCACUUUGCCAAAGAGGAAUUAGCUCUCAUGUGCAAGAAGCUCACCAAGUUGGUAUCAGAGAGCGAGGCCAUGCGCGAGGAGCUGGCCAAAUACCGCUCAGCCUACGGCGACGUAGACUCCGCCCAGUCACCUGAAGGCAAGCAGAGUUCCGCCCAUGCCCGGGAGGUGGAGGUCAAAGUUCACCUGAAACUUGUGGAAGAGGAGGCCACACUCCUGAGCCGGCGCAUUGUCGAACUGGAGGUGGAGAACCGCGGGCUGAGAGCAGAGAUGAGUGACAUUAGAGAGAAAAUUGGAGGAGGAGCGGGAGGAGGAGGAGAAGAGGAGGUUGAAGAGAAUCGGGAUGUUUUGGAGGAAAAUCUAUCUGCAGCGAUGAAGGACAGAGAGGGGACGCAGAAAAGUUUGAAGAUGGGAGCUGUGAUGUACGAGCAGGGUCAGGACGAGGAGUCAGAGAAAGCAAAAGGUGAUGUUGAGGCAUCUUUGAUUUGCAACCAGUCACAGACUGAAGGGAUGAUUGCUGCCUGUCACAUUACUCGAGAAGGUCCUGUAGGUGGAGAGUGGGACCCUUCAGACAGCCAUGAGAGUAACAACAACAACAAAAAACUUGACAGAGGACUCAAAGGCAUGACCAUGAAAGACUUCGAGACUCUUCUCGCUCUCAGAGAUCACUCCUGCAUUUUGAGUUCAGCCAUUCAGCUCCUGACGGUGCCACCUAAAAACAGCCACGGCUCAUCUCCCUCCUUUCCUUUAGCUUCUCAGACGGACGUGGACUUGAGCGGUAAGCCCCAAGCGGCACUCAUAUCGGAGUCUUUAAAUGAGGCUUUGGAGCUCCUGCAGGCCAUGCUGCAGGCUUUCAUCGGGAGAAUGGAGACGCUACUGACAGUAGAAGAUGUGCUCAGAAACUCUGUUAACAAGGAGGGAUAUGUUUGGGACCCCUACACGGAUAGUCACAAUUUAGCGGAGUCAAUGUGUAAGCAGGAGUGCGCAGAAGACCUCCGCACCCCAGAGGUGAAGAAGAAAGCUAUGCAAAUGAGAAAAGCACCUUCCCUCCAAACGGAUCUAGUUGAUGGCUGCAGGGAUCCAAAAAUGCAACUUUCACUGCAGAUUCUCGGGAUCCUCCAUCAGUGGAUUCAAGUUAAAGGACCCGACCUGGAGAGAAAAGAGAUUAAAGACAAAACCAUUUCCAUGCUGCAAACCUUGUUGCAAGACCUCGGCGCAGGGCUUCGUGAUGAGCGGAUUGAAUCUGACAGCGCGGCCAAGGCCACUCUGGCCACGGCAGCUGAGCGUGUCGUCAGCAGCCUUUUUCAUGAUGGACAACAGUGUGAAGCUGACAGCUCAAAGGGGAAACGAUUCAGGAGACAGUUUCCUCCACACGGCUCUAAGACGAAGAACUGGUGCUAUCUGAACCAGGAGGCAGCCCAGGUGGACCACGAGGACCCGGUAAAGACAUGGGACCAUAUAAUUAUGCCGCUUAGCUUCCCCGAUCUUGACUUUGAGCAGAUGUCCACGGAGAGAAGCCACACCGCCCCAGAGAAGUCAGCUUUUCGCAUCUACUACAGUCCCCCGUCGGCCCGUCGAGUCCAGCUGGCUCAGCUGAAGCAAAGCCCAGUCACAGACAGAGAGUCUGUGGAUACGCUCUCUCCUUGGUGCACACCGCCAACCUCCUUCUCUCCGCUCUGUCUGGGCUCGUCUACCAACCUGAGCGAUGACAUGAAGGAAAUGUCGUCCGGCUGGAAGCAGGUGGUUCACGGCAGCUAUCAGGAGCAGAGGAGGGGAUCAGAAGGCCGGUGGGUGGACGUGGCCUGCUCAGGAACUCAGACACACGUGAGGCCACAGAUGGUGAGCGUUGGUCAGCAGACAGAUGGGACUCAGGGGUCGGUCACCAUGAGAAACAGCCCCACUCGAGUCUCCUCCCUGGCGUCUGCCCGCUCCCACCACAUCUCCACCUCUCUGGACGGGAUAACAGGGCGAGUCGAGAGGUCCAGAGCCUCCACCUCCUCGCCCAAACUUUACCGGAGACACUCUGCAUCUGGUGCCUCCUCUCCUCACUCAUCCUCCAGUCUGAGCUCCUCCUCCUCUGCAUCCACCUCCAGAGACCGGGCCCUGUGGAACCUGUCGCACCAAAACCACUCCGGCAUGACGUGGACUCGACAGAGCAGCCCGCGGUCAGGUGCAGGACAGAUCCACAGCUCUCUGAGCAACGGCGCCAAGACACCCAGCAAAUCUGCUGGCGCCAACCGGUACGGCUUGGUGACAGAGUUCUUGCGCAGGGUGAGUGGCCGGGUGGAUAAACAAGUUCCUGGAACAGGCCAGAAGACGAAAAAUGGCCUGAAGAACGUGGAACGCGUUCCCACGAGGCCUCCUGCCGCCCCGCUGCACAGGAACGACAGCGUGACCAGGAUCGUCAACCAGAGGUUCAUGAAGCAGAGAGAGGAGACCAGCCGAACCCCGAGAGAGGAGAAGACGGGCAGUCUGAACCAGAGUAUCAGACACAACCUGACUACGGUCACAGCAGAGGAGGGAAACUACGAGUGCAGCUCCAGCAGCUCGUUGACUUUCUGCUUUGCUCGUUCGUCUCGCUCCACCCAGAGGCUGCCAUCAAACCCGGGUAAACUCCAGCGGCACAGGUACUCGCCUCCUGUGAGCGUGGCUGCAGACUCCAUCUGAGCAGCAGGAGAAACGGCAGCUCUCACACUGAUGCCAUGAACAACAAAUACGAUCUGCAAUCUUUACAUGUAGCUUCAGGUUUAACGAUAGAUUUCUUUGGUGCAAUUAAAAUUUUUUUUAUCUGUUUUCACAGAUGAGCUUAAUCCUCGUUUCAGUCAUGUACUUACUGUGUGUUUAAUUUUAUACUAUCUUUUAUGGUAUUUUGUAGAAAUGAACCUUUAAUUCAAUAAAUGUUGGACAGACCUA